AUGGCUCGAUCAGAUGCCAUCAGCCUGCUCAUCCCUUCGCAACAACACGGAAGCUCAGAAGAUUUACAAUCCCAGAUUCAACGUGUUGUUGCCCAGAAGGGCCAUUUUCGUCAUAUCACCGAACGAUCUUUACUAGCUCAAGACCAGGGAAAGGCAUCUUUAGACCAGAGCACCGACAGUGAGAACGACGUGCAAAUUGAAGACGAUGAGUCUCAGCAAAAGAGACAAGAACGACUAUGGAAGCGGAGGGAAGAAAUGAUAGAGCGUUUAAGUUAUGCUCAGAAUGAAAUCCUGUGCGCAUUGGAUUUCGUGUCUCUCCUCAUCUCAAAACAAUGGACGCCAGCACAAGGUUCUAUGUCACCGGCGCUGAAGGAAUCAGUUCCCGUUGGCACCUUGGCUGCCCGGGUCCUACCAAGAAAGCAUUUGUCCAGCACGGCACAGCGACAACUUACGUCGGUAUCUCAAGGCUGGAGAUCCGAGAGUUUCCGAUCUGCUUCAGAAAAGCUCGCCGACGCAUCGACUCGCCUUCAAAAAGAUGCUGAGCGCGAAACCGAGUAUUGGGCGCAAGUCACCAGACUCACGAAUCAAGGAUGGACAGUAUCACGACUUCCACGCGACCGCAAAGCUAUAGGUGUCCAUUUUGGCUUUCCACAGUCUGCGCCACAGUUUCGUGAUCGUGGAUUUGCUUUACUUCGCCAACUGGACGAUGGCAGUGUGAUAUUAGAUCAGCAGUCUGCCAUGCGCAGUCAAAAGACAUUGGGCGUAUACAUUGUUCGAGAUAACGUCAAAACGGGCUUCUCCUUGUUCAAAUCCCGGCGGACCAGCAAUCAAUCAGGUCACGAUGAAGGCGAUAUCACGCAACAAAUCAUCCAGAUGCGCGACUCACUGUUCGAGGAAGAGCUUUUCUACGAAAUCUGCCGCGAAGCCCGCACUGUAGCGAACCAAGGGAUUCACAUCCGCUCCCACUCGGUAGACGUCGCAGUCGGCUCCGACUUCCAACUCUCCUUGGUAUUCGGACAAGACUUGGACACCGACAUACCCUCAAACGUCGAAGAUGAUCUCAUCGCCGAGUUUGUAGCCGUGUCUCUCAGGUUACUGUUGAACGCCGCGCAUGAACAAAACCUCGCAAGGAGAUCGCGUAAAGCCGCGCCUUUAACCCUCAAACCCCGCCACGCACCAGAAUACGCACUCGUCCGACCAGUACUCGCGCACCUACGCCACCGUGCCGAAGCUGUUGCAUUCUGGACCGAUUGUAAGGUGCUAGUACAUCCCUUCGAAAAGGCCGGACUGCCAGUCAUGCUCGAGGUUGAAAAGUCCACUACCAAGACUUUCGAGGGAGUGAGUAUCGAAGCACCGUCCACGUUUCUCUCCGAGAUGAUGAUCCCAGCCAAGAGCCGCUUCAAGAUUGCAAUGACACAAAAUAAAGCUUUCGAAAUUUGUCUCGCCACGUUCCUUGGUCCACCUCUCUUUGGGUCUCGGUAUGAGACUUCCGCACUCGAUCUUGGCUUCGUCACUAUGCCACUGGCGCAUCAGGAGACAAGAGAAGCUGCGGUCCAGGCCGUGUGCCACAUGUUGACUCUGGGUCUUGUUUCACACGCUGAGAAUUUGACGAAGCGAGUUGCGGACGGUUUGCCGAACAAUGAAAUCCAAGAAAACGCGAAGAAAUGGGAAGUGUCUCUACCUCACAAUGGGGAGUUGACACUCUACGAUGCGGGAGAUCCCAUAAGAAAGAUCGUGGCGUCAGUACGACCUGGAGUGAUCGUUGUCCAGACAAGGAGUUUGCGUAGGGAAAUUUCCAAUCAUGAGAUUUGGUCAUGGACAUCCGAGGGCUGCUCCAAGGUCGGAGGUGCCAAUGGUGCAGUUGACCCAGCGACCACGUUUGAUGAAGCGAUCGCCACAAUUCUACAUAUCAACUCCUGA